AAAUGUAUUCAACAGAGGAGCGGCAGUUAUGGUUUGUUGUUAGUUGUUGUUGUCAGUAGGAUAAGUCUUAGUUGACAGCCUUUUAAUGAGCUGCUAGAGCGUUAAAGCUUCAAGUUAAAUCUACAAACCCCUAAAAACUACUUUGUUCACUUUAUUUCAACCGGGUAUAGUUCAGGCACCGGCCGCUAGACAAUGCGCUGAUUGACUGAAAGUCAUGUAUGCUCGAAUAAAGCAUUAAAAAGAUGCAAACGACAAGACCAAAAGCUGGGAAACAGUUGUCUUGUGGUGUUGAAAAGAACAGGGCACGUAAAACACCUAUAUGGAAAAACACGUACCGGGUCGGAUAUACUUGGAACCGAGGUGGUAGACUUAAAGAGCUGCGGAUAAGGCAUCUUGCUCGGAAGUUCCUUCACUUAUGGAUUCGGAAGACAUUUGGGCGAAUAACAACAUCACAAGCCAGAUCUCAUCAUUGUAAGGUGGUCUUGAGGAAGACUUUAUGGGCUUGGAAAGAUGAGUGGUGGCAUGCAAGAAAGGAAUGGACCCUAAAUAUAAGGGCAGAUUGCCAUUAUACGUAUAUGCUGUACAGCAAAACAUUUCAAGCCUGGCAGGAGUAUGUUGCUGUCCAGAGGGAAGAAAAGAAAAAACUGCAACUUGCAAUCAGAUUUGAGACGAAGCACAAGCUGCGGUGUGUGUGGAAUGGCUGGGAACUGUACCUGGACAUGUGUCGCAUGAAACGCAGCAUGCAGGAGGCAGCAGUGCAGCACCAGAGACUCGCUGUACUAAAGUGGGUUUGGACUGUGUGGAAUAUGACGCUACAGCACAGGGAUGUGAAGUAUCAUCAAGAAGAUCUUGCUUUACAACACUGGGCUCACACUGUACAGAGCAGAGCAUGGCUGCACUGGAGAGACAGGAUGAAACAUGCCUGUGUUCUGAAAGAGAAGGAGUCCAAAUCUCACCGUCACUAUUGUCUUCAUCUGUUAAGACAUGUACUACAUGGAUGGAUAAGACACACAGAGAACAGACAGGCUAAGAACAAGAAAACAGCUGUUGCUCAGGAUGUAUGGCGUGUUGCUGUGCUGGAGAAGUUUUGGUCUCAGUGGAACAAUGUGCUGCAAUCCAGGCGUGCUGAGAGAGACAUGGGUCAGAGAGCAGACAAAUUGGCCCAGCACGGCUCCCAGCAGCUGGCGUUCUCACACUGGAGACACUAUGUCAGUUUGUGCUCACAGAAGGCUAAGAGGGAAAAGACUGCCAUGCAUCACAGACAACUCUGUCUUCUGCAGUUGGGUUUCAGAGGCCUUGCUCUAAACGUCACUCAAAGUAAAACUCAUCAUCUCAACAAGAAUAUUAGUGUCCAGCAUCAUCAUCACAUUUUGCUGGCAAGGUGUUGGAAAGUCUGGCACUUGCGCUUGGAUCAGGCAGAGGACAGAAGCCUGCAGCCCCGAAUGAGUGUUGCACAAGCCCACCUCAAAUUUUCUGUGCUGAGAUCUUGCUUUCAUCGUUGGAGAAAACGUCUCACAGAGCACAGACAAAUGCAGGAGUUGGAAAUACGUGCUGAUGCCUGCUUUGCCCGACAUAUCUUCCCACAAUGUGUAAAUACUUGGAUGGAGUUUGCAGCACAAAGCACAGAGAAGCGAGAGCAGAAAGAGAGAGCUGAACAACAGUACAGGCAGCAGACUUGCAGUUGGGCAUUUUACACCUGGUGGAGAAACUUGGAGGUACAGAGAGAUCAGAGACUUGCUGAAAGAACGGCGGUGUUGCAUUCCGAGCACGUGUCUUGUGCCCGUGCCUGGUCUAAGUGGUACUGUGGUGCUGUUCAGCGUAGAGAGGAGAGAUUCAAACAAGCAGCAGCCGACUCGCUUUACAAACACACUCUGCUACGCAAGGCCCUGAACCAGUGGAGAAACCUCGUCGCAAACAUACAGACCAGUCAGAGACAUUUCGAGCAGGCAGAGGAUCAUUAUGGACAGCGCUGUCUGAGAAGAGCCAUGGCAGACUGGCAUCAGUAUGUAGAUUACAAAAGACAGAAGAGAGAGAAACUUGCACGAAUGGAGAAACACUACAACAGCAGAUUGCUCAGACAUGCUCUAGAAGCUUGGAAGUCAUACCAUUUGCAGACUCAAUUGAUCAGCCGAAAUGUGGAGUGCCGUUACCAGGAGCAUCAGCAGCACCUUGUCAGGAGAAUGUUCUGUUCAUGGGGGAUGAACGUGUCACAGUUGAUGGAAGAGAGAGAGAAGGAAAACAGAGCAAAAUGUUUUUCUCAAAAUCACCUUCUAUCUCAGGUGUUUCUGGCAUGGCGACAAAGAACCAUAUCUGCUCAUCUUCACCAUCACCAACAGGAGGAAGCCCUGAAACAAGCUCGAAGACACCUGGAUAUAUGUACCUUGGUUAUAUACAUAUCACUGUUAUUAGUCUGUGUAAAGAUGAAAUUAUUCAAUGUUGUUUUUGUGCUGUUAGUUCGUGUGCAGGUGGCUUUGAGAAGAUGGAGAGAGCGAAGCACAGAGGUAAAAGAUGAGAGACUGGCGAAUGAGAAGGCCAGCAGACACUACAGCAGAACCCAGGCAAAAAGAACCCUCAACACAUGGUCCAGUAAUAUUCAGCAUCGCAAAACUUAUCAGGUAAUGAAGAAGAGAAGCAUUGAGCUUCACAGGUUGAGGAUUUGUCAGCACUUUUUUGUCUGCUGGAGAACACAGCUGCAGAGCAGAAGAAUAGAAGCAGAGAAAACUGAGACUGCCCUUUGGCAUUGGUCCCUCAACCUCCAGGCCAAGGUGUUUUGCGUGUGGCGGUUCUGGAUUGCAGGGCGUCAGAGAAAACAGAAGCGUUUGACUGAGGCAGCUCAGUUUUACAGAGAUGAACUGUUGAGAGAGGGUGUCACACACAUCCUCACACACACAGCACACAUGAGUGCUUUCUCAACUAAUAUUGCCCAGCACAGCUAUGAACAGAGCUGUCGACACCUGCAGGAAAUGGUAAGGCGCUGUGCCAUACGAUGGAAGCAGCGGGCACUGUGUAAGCCUGUCAAGGGUAAAAUAGACAGCCACCCCAAGAAGAGUGUGUCUUUUUUUCUGCCGGAAGACCACACCCACAUCACCACCCCCUGUCCAAUCAGCAGCCAAGCAGCAGAGCAGAGGCAGAAACAUUCCAUCAUCAGUCAGCUGUGGUCAGUUCGAGCAUCUAGAUUGCAACCGAGGAGACCAGAUGACCUGCUGCAGCUCCCAGUCAAACCUCUGCCACGUGACUUCAAGAUCAGCAGUAGUCAGAGGGUGUCUGUAAGGGAGACUUCUCUGUUACCCUCAGUCCAUUUGACCCACAACCCACCGGAGUCACCUGGAAUGGUGCGACAAACAAAGGUCCUCCCCUUCAAACCUGGCCCUCCUGGAUAUAUCGCCAGUCAUGGCCAGGACAUACUGCUUCCUCCGUCUUCAUUUACUGUCUCUUUAGCACAUGGCAAGCAAAAAAGCUUAAAAGAUCAGGAGCUUCCACUACAUUCUAUGCAUUUCACUUCCAGCCCUCUCCUAACACAAGGUGUGCAUGAGACAAUACCUGAACAGGAAGAGGAGAAUGAGGAAGAUGAGACUGUAGAUGUGGAGAAAACUGAAAAUCUCACAAAAGAACUACUAGAUAUUAGACUGGAAAUGCACCAAUUCCAGCAAGACAGAAAACAGCUACAGACAUGGCGUAAGCUCCAAAAGGUCUUGAGUAACUGGCUCGAAACAACAGGCAUUGAGGGAGAAACGGAGGAACGAGAAAGCAUUUUAAAGGAGUUAACUGAGCUUGAGAGUCGCAUUUCUUCUCUAUCUUUGAGAUUAAGCAAACAGAAACCCACCAUGAUUCGCUAUGCUGCCAGAGUUAACACCAUCCAGAGCCAACUACUACCCUCCAAUGUUAAUACAAAAACACCCACUAAGUAUGGAAUAUAAGUCCAAAAAUAAGUCUAUAUUAUAUGAUGCCAACUUUAUGCCAGAAAACGUUUCAGAUGACAUUGUAUUUAU